UAUUUGAGCGCUAACGGAAAUAGAGAUAGCAAAGCACUUUGCAGGUGUCUUCAGAACAGUGAAAGUGCCUGCUCUGCCAGACUGCUGAAUGCCGGGCGCGGGGGGCAGGAAGUGGGGAGACCUGAGGUGUUUGAGGGUGUGCCGAAAUGACCGGCCUUGGCUGUGUGCAUGGAGGCUGAGGGGUGGUGUCGCCGUCAUUGAGUGGAACGCAGCGGGAAAGGGAGUUUUGUUACUUUUGUGGGUGGUCUUUUUCCUGGUUAGGGGUGACUUCAGUGCUGUGAGAGUCGGUCCUCACAGCAUCAUCUCCACACGUCAUGGAAGCCCAGUGAAUUGGUUAGUUGGCAUAUCUGUUCUGCAGCCCAGAUCAAGACCCGUAAAGGUUAAAUAUUUCACCCACAGUCACCCAAGUGUCAGGUGUGGUAGAGACAGGAUCUGGCCUCAGAUGGCCUGGUGUUUCUCUCUUGAGCCACCACUGUUGGACUUGAAGGAGGCACCCAGCAAAUGGUCAGCAGUUGUCCUUACUUAGAGCACUUAACUCAGAUGUGUUCUUUUUCGGUGGUUGGUGGUGGUGUGCCCUUCCUGACUGCCAGCUUAAAUCUUCUCCCACCCUUGGCAGGCGGUGGACCCCUCGCCUUAGGUGUUCUUCUUUUUUCCAGGGCUGAAGAAGAUGCAGAGCAGCCUAAAGCUGGUGGACUGUAUCAUCGAGGUCCAUGAUGCCCGGAUCCCGCUUUCGGGCCGCAACCCUCUGUUUCAGGAGACCCUGGGGAUUAAGCCGCACGUGCUCGUCCUCAACAAGAUGGACCUGGCAGAUCUGAGCGAGCAGCAGAAAAUUAUACAACACUUAGAAAGAGAAGGCCUGAAAAAUAUCAUUUUUACCAACUGUGUAAAAGAUGAAAAUGUCAAGCAGAUGUCAUCCUCCUGGGCGACUGUUCUGCUGUUCGUGGUGGAGGAACAGAACAGGGCACAGAUCGUCCCCAUGGUCACUGCGUUAGUUGGGAGCAGCUACCGCUAUCACCGAGGCGAGAAUGCGGAGUACUGCAUCAUGGUGAUCGGGGUCCCCAAUGUGGGCAAGUCCUCACUCAUCAACUCGCUCCGGAGACAGCACCUCAGGAAAGGAAAAGCCACCAGGGUGGGCGGCGAGCCUGGGAUCACCAGAGCUGUGAUGUCCAAAAUCCAGGUGUGUGAGCGGCCGCCGAUGUUCCUGCUGGACACGCCUGGGGUGCUGGCUCCUCGGAUCGGAAGCGUGGAGACGGGCCUAAAGCUGGCACUGUGCGGGACCGUGCUGGACCACCUGGUGGGGGAGGAGACCCUGGCCGACUACCUCCUCUACACCCUCAACCGGCACCAGCUCUUGGGGUAUGUGCAGCACUAUGGUCUGGAUGGAGCCUGUGAUGACGUGGUGAGCGUGCUGAAGCGCGUGGCCGUCAGGCUGGGGAAGAUGCAGAAAGUGAAGGUGCUCACGGGCACAGGUGAUGUGAACGUCAUCCAGCCCAACUACACUGCAGCAGCCCGUGACUUCCUGCGGACCUUCCGCAGUGGGCUGCUAGGCCCUGUGAUGCUGGACAGAGACAUGCUGCACACGCCCCCAGCAGACCCCUGAACUGCUGCGGCCAGUGGGGGCCUCCCUCGUGCCUGGCCCUCAGCCCCAGGGAUGGGCAGCAGCCCAGAUCUUAGCACCCUCUUCCAGGGCUGUCCACUGGUCACUGUACACUCAGGUCUCUGCUCCAGGAAGGAGGCUGUGCCCUCCAGCCGCUCCACAGCCAGGCCAGCUGCUGGUUCCGGAGGCGGGGCCUGGGUGUGGACAGCAGGGCUGCUGGCAUCCCCGAGCAGUCCUGCGUGCCUGGCCCAGUCAGGACGCUCACUAGGUCUUAAGGAAAAGCUAGUAUCGUCCUAGGAGUGAAGCUGUGACCUGUCAUUUCAGGUUUUAAAUUAAAAGGCCUGUCUCAAUCGGCCAGUUCCUUGUGUACCCGCA